UCUUUUUUUUUUUGCAUCUGGACUAAAUUCUUACUUAAAAAAAUUAGUUUAGUUAAUAUUGCAUAUAACGUUCAAAUGAUGCCAGCAUAUUUCAUUAGUAAGAAAAUGUACAACCAAAGUUGAUUGUGAAUGCAUUUUGCAGACUUGCAAGUUGUUUCCAUAUUGUUGGUAAGUCUCCAGUACCGGUGAGCCGUACAGGUUAAUAAAUGAGCCUAAAUUACCUGAAAGUGAUUGAUCAUUCAUUUUUAUGCAGCAUUAGAAUGAUGGUUCCUGUGCUGUGCAGGUUUUUGUAGAAAUUUGGAACUAGUAUUCUAAAAGUUUUGCUUCUGCUUCUAACAAAGAUUGUAAUUAGCUAAAACAUUAAGUUUAAGUUGCUUUUAUCAACAUGUUUACACACUCGCCAGUUUGAUCAAGUUAGUUUUAUUGUAAAUAUGUGAUGCAAAUCAAUCAAUUUUCAAAUGAAUAAAAUUAUGCCACUGUUCUUUGAUGUAAAAUUGUAAUCGAAUAUAAAUGCUAUUAAAGAUCAUAUCAAUCUUAGCAAACAUGACUGUACAGCAGUCGCAGAUACUUUAGGUGAAGAAACUGCUCAUCAGUCCUUGUUGAUUCAUCACAAUCAAACUGGAAAAUGAACUGACAUAUAGAAAGAACUUUAAAAGACCAAGACCAGACAGGAACUUGGAGCUAGAUUCACAUUUGCAACCAUGUACUUUACUGUCAUUACAACUGAGAUUUGUGCAAAUGUGAGUCUUAGAAAAAAAAUAGUUUUUUUACGUUGUAUAGAAAAAGAAAUAUGUUGAUUUGAUAAUAAAAAAAACUAUUAUUGUUGCAUCUGUAAAUGGAGCUCUUUUUCACACAUUAUUAAAAUAUUGGACGAUAAUAUUGAAUGUAGGGCAAAUAUUUCAAAUUCAGUUUAUAACUUUGAAUUUCUUUAUUUCAAAAUUUUCUAAUAUAGGUUAGAGGUAGAAAUAGCAAUAUUGUCUAUGUGGGUACUGGUGCACAGAGCAAUGGCUGGGAAUAGACAAAUAAAACCCGGAAUGUUAGAAUAUAAGGACCAGAGGCAGUAGAGAAAAUGGCAAUACCACAUGAGGAACUAUGGAAAAAAGUGAAAAAUUCCAGUGAGAUUUAAAAUAAAUAGAUGCAUAGAUAUGUUUUUAUUAAAAUUAUGUCCAUAAAGGAUAUUUUUAAACUCAGGAAACGGAACAAAAACGUAUUGUUUAAAUGUUUGUGGAGAACAUGAGGAUGAGUUAAGAACAUGAAGACGCGGUUAUAUAGACUACAGUAGCCAGAUGAAACCAGAAGGGGGCAGUAACUGGCUCAGGGAAGUACCAGAAGUCUUGUUUACGUGCAAAUGCAAACCGGAACUAGCCUUGUAAGGUGUUAGCUUAGGCUGUUUUGUGCUUGUUUUGAGCGGCUUUUGCAUUUUAAUACUCUGAUUCCAAAUCGUACGUAGUUAUGUCUUUAUCCCAGAAGCUACACAGUUUCGUCAGUCAGCGACUAAACGUAGCGAUAGAAGAAGUUAUGGCUGCUUUUGAAAAAACUAUCGUGAAAUACGAGGAGGAGGCGGCUCUGAAUCGAGAGGUUAUCUCCCGCCAGCACGCGCUACUCUGUUCGCUGAACGGAAAUACUAGAGAUGUUUUCACACAGCAAAUGCCAUUCGGUAAAGAACUCAUGUCCGAUACCCACCAGAACCUGAUCCAGGGCGUGGUUCUCGAGCCUUCAGUCACUGAAGAGAAACCACAAGAUGAGCAGCUCCAAGACCUGCACGAUGUUGAGAUCAUUGAGUUCACAUACAAUUCCAAGCACGCUACAGCGCCACGUGAUGACUUUCAGCUACCAGAAGAACAAGAACCUGAUCCAGGUCAGGAUGUCGCACAAGUGUUGUCUUCUGACACCGAAGACAGUGAGGACUACAGCAAAGACUAUGCUGAAGUCAGACCCCCUCGAGAAAAUUCAGAGUGGUUUUGCAGACCAAAAGAGGGGUUCAGCUGCCAGGCUUGCAGCCGUACUUUUAAGCAUCGUAGAGUUUUGUUUAGACACGCCACCGUUCACAUUCGCGAUGCGGAGCAGGUCUGUGGUCUGUGUGGGGAACGGUUUGGGGCAGAUGGUGGUCUGAAGCUUCACCUCCUGACACACACAAGAAAGAGGAAGAAGCUAGAUCCGGCUCUGUGUGGGGAACAGUUGUGCGAUGGUGGUUCGAAGCCUCAUCGACAGACACACACAAGAAAGGCGAAAAAGCGAGGUCUGGCUAAGACGCAGAGCGGAAAGAAGGGAGUUCCGUCGCCAUCCGAACACAACAAAAACAAGAAAAUUGAAAAAGCAGAUGACUCCAGCAAGCCUUUGGCGAAGAGGCCCAGAGGUCGGCCCAGAAAGAAUAAACAGGACCAGGAUAAUUCAGGAGGAACCAAGAAAAUGAAGAGGGAUUAACUGAGAAGCUUUUUAGGCGAGUUUUUCCAAAGUAUUGGUUUAAUCAGAACCUUCUAGAUCUUCCCAGUGGUUUGUUUGUUUUGUUUUAUUACCACUUUAGUUUCCUCAGUGAAGUGCUUAGCUUUUUUUUUUAUUUAUUUUUUAUUUUUUUGUUAAUCAGACAUGUUCAGAUUCACAGGUUCCAACUACAUCAAACUAGAGAAUCCUCAGAAUUCAGCAGAGACCCAGAGAAGCUUCCGGAGCCACGAGGAUCAGUCAGACAUUGUUUCAUCGCUCUGAUCUCAUAAGAAACGACUCCAGAAUCACUUUUUGAGACGGACCUUUUUUUCAUUUAUUCAGUUCUCUUAGAUGAUAGAAAGUAUCCAUUUAGCAUUUCGCUCUUUUCACUGAAAACACACAUUUCUGUGUGUGUUAUGGUGUUUAUGACAAUGUUUAAAUAAAGUUUGAAUUGUCUUGAUAA